AUGAAAGCAAUUCUUAAAUGUUUUCCUAAUCUAGUACAUAUGAGACUAUUUGAUGGUAAUUAUGAAACUAAUGAUUCAUCGUCCAACUCGAUAUACCAAACGGAUUCUUCAUUAUUUGACGGUUAUGAAUGGGAACGUUUCAUUGAAACACAAUUAUCUCGAUUAAAACAGUUUGAGUUUUAUUUCUCUCGAUUUGCAUUGUCAGAUGAAGAUUAUAUAAGUACAAUGCGAUCAUUGAUCAAUCCAUUUCGAACACCAUUUUGGCUUGAAAAUAAACAUUGGAUUGUUAAAAAUGAUUACGAAUACGAUCAUAAUUCUUUGGAACGUUAUCGUGAUAUGAGACCAACUCCUGGAGAUGUAGCUGAUUACUUUUAUCGAAUUCACCUCUAUUCAGUACCAAUCUUUCAUGAUAGUUUUGAUUAUUCUAAGCGAAAAAGUCAAAUCUUAAAUUCUAUGCUGAAUAUUACUAAUAACAAUCAACCAAUCAUCGUUCAUUCGUCUGAAGUCACCUUAGAUGGAAAAACAAUGAUUCAAAGUACCCAGAACAAGGUAGAUAUUAUUUAA